AAGCGGGAAAUCCCUCAAAUUCAAAUUUCAAACCCUUAUCCUUCAAUUAAAUUCAAACAGUGCCCCAAAUUUCAAAUUUUUCACAACGAAAACCAAAAUUCUCUAUCUCAGAGAUGGAUUUUGAAAAUAUGAAAAGGAAACAACUACAAGCAUUAUGCAAAGAACAUGGAAUUCCUGCAAAUUUAACCAAUUUAGAAAUGGCCAACAAGCUUUCUUCACUACUCAAGGUAAAUGAUGAAAAACCCUUAACUCGAGGGCGAUCAUGUUUAAAGAUGUUGGAUGAGAAUGAGUCUGACGCUGUUAAUAGGAAGGUAAAGAAAGUGAAGUUUAGUCCUGAUAAUGAAGUUAUUGAGUUUACGAGAUCGGCUCAAGUGAAAAGGGGAGGGAGGCGGAAUACAAUGUUGUACAAGAACAAUUUGAAUGUUAGGAGUGAUGGGUUAAAAGUAGGCAUUUUGGAUAGUCCAGUUAGGGUUACUAGGUCGCAGGGAGUGAAUAUAGAAGAUGGUGUUACUGAGAAAAAGGGAAGGACAAGGCAGGUGAAAGAUAGUGUAAUUUCAGUGAAUAAGAGUAAGGAUGAAGUUGGAGUGACCACAAAAAGAACAUUGAAGAACAAGGAAGUAGGUACUAUACUGGAAAAGAGGGAAGAAAAUGAGGGAGCAAAUGAUGGUGUACGGAUGAGUAGAAGAGUAAGAAGUCGAAAAAAUGCUAAAGAGAGUGUAGAGGAUUCUCAAGAGGAGCCGAAGAUGGAUGAAAGUGAAAAGGCAAUUGGUAGGGAAGAGAAGAGGGACAAGAAAGUGACAUUCAUUAGUGGUGGUCACAUGGAUGAGUGCACAAAGUCCGAAACAAAAGCCAAGGAGCCGAAAAGAGUAACAAGAAGGAAAUCUAUGACUCAUAAUCAGACCUUGCCUGUUCAAAGUGAGGUUGAUGCAGAAGUAAGGGAGGAGGUCGUGGAGAAGCCAGCUCGGGUUACAAGGUCUCGGAACUUGAAACCAGUUGAGGAUAAUCUCAGUAACAAAAGGAACCGGACUAGGGGCAGGAAAGCCAUUGAGACAAGUGAGGAACAGCUUUGUACUGAAUUUGUUGAAUCUUCAGUUGAAGCUGUCAAAGAUGAAGCCAGAGUAAUCACAAGAGGGUCUCGGCAGAAUAGUGUAGUGGAGGCACCCGAAAAGGCUUUGAAGAGGUCUGGAAGGAUAGCUAAUAAGGAUAAGGGAUCAAGGUUGAGUGAUGAUAUUACUAAAGAAAAGAUGGUUACUGGGGGUAGGACUAGAAAUCAGUCUAGCUCGACUGUACAAGCUUCAACAUCGGAAAGUGGAACCAAAAUUGUUGAAUCGAAGGGGAAACAUGAAGUGGUUCUUCAACUUGAAGAACCUGUAGAAGUUCCUCCUAGAAGAAGUGAUAGGCGCAAAUCUGUUUUGCCUUUGGAGAAAUUGAGAGGUGAUGAAGUUGCGGCCAAGAAGGAGAAAAGAAAUUUCUUGACUGUUAAUGAUGAUGAGCUAAGGCAAAAAGUCACAGAAGAACCCCAGAAAGCAUUGAAGCGGUCAAAAAGGCUUGCUACACAAGUGGAAGAUUCAGUAUUGGCCAAAGAUGAUAUUGCUGAAAAUAAAAUAGGUAGACCAACUGAAUCUCAAGGGACUCUUGAAGUGGUUCUUCAAACUGGAGAAGUUCCUGUCAGAAGUAAUAGGCGUAAAUCUGUUGUUCCUUCUCUGGAGAAAUUAAGAAGUGAUGAAGUUGUGGUUUUAAAGGAGAAAAAAACCUUAAAUGCUAAUGAUGGUGAGAUUGGAAGUAAAAGGACAAAAGAAGAACCCCAGAAGAUUUCAAAGCGGUCUAAAAGGCUUGCUAAACAAAUGGAAGAUCCUGUACUUGCUAAACAUGAUAUUGCUGAAAAUAAAUUAGAAGAGAGGAGAUUGUCUAGAAGGAAUGUUGCUAAUGCAAAUGUAGACACCAAGAUAUUGGACAGAUCAGUGCAAGAAGAAACUUCUGUGGUAAAAGAAGAGAGGAGACGAUCUGGAAGGAGUGCUUCUAGGCAUACUCUUGCAGCAGUGUCAGAUGAUAAGAAGGAAAAGGGUGAGAAUCAGCUGACAAAGAGAAAUUGCGCUGUUCAAGAUAAAGAUUCUACCAACAAGUUCACCCUUCAAGAUUUAGACUCAGCGAAACAGUCCAUAAGUAGUUCAAAGGCAAGUGUCAAGGCAUCAGUUGUUAAAAAGACAAGUACUGCAGGGAAGAAGCAGCAGGGUCGACUUAAAAGAUCAAAUGUGGAAGUAGAAGUACUCAUGCCUGAGGACAUGGAAAUAGUCAGAGAACCUGACAAUAAAGAUUGUAAUAUCUCAGGGUCAGGAGGUACAAUGAGCUUCUCAAGAUCAUCUCUGAAUGAGCUAGAUGCUGUCCCAGAUGAUGUCAAUAUAGUUCUCGCUGGCACCAAGGAUGACACAACUGCUGAGUCGAGCAUCCUAGCUGACAAAUUAACUGAAGAAGGACCUCUUGUAGAUGCAAACUCUUCUCUAUCUGAAAAUAAAUCUGCAUCGAAAUCUCUUCCAUUCAGUGAUCCAUUCAUCUCUGACGCUAGACCUGAGGAAAACCUACUUAAGGAGCUUUUGCAGUCUGACCAUGAGGAGCAGCCUGCAAGCAAAGGCCUAUGUCCUGGUUCUGUUUUGGCUGAUGAUGCAGUUCCAAAUGACCUAACUUUUGACAAACAGGAGCCUGGUGCAACAGUAGUAGAUAAUGUAGAAGAAUUUGUUACAGGAUUAUCUAAUGAUGUUUUUGAUAAUUGUUCACUAAGCCAGAGUAAUAAUAUGGAAGAGAUCCUUGAUUCUGGAACUAAGGAUGAUGCAGCUGCUGAGUCAAGCCCCCUAGCUGACAGAUUGAUUGAGGAAGGACCACUUGUAGAUGCAAAUGCUUCCCCAUCUGAAAAUAAUUCCAUAUCUGAACCAUUCAGUGAUUCAUUCAACUCCAAUGCUACACCCAAGCAGAACCUAGUUGAGGAACUUUUGCAGUGUGAUCAUGAGGCGCCUGCAGGCAAAGAUCUAUGUCCUAGUCCAAUUUUGGCUGAUGAUGCUGUUCCAAAUGAAAUAACUUCUGACAAACAGGAGCAUGGUUCAAUAGCAGCACAUAAUGUGGAAGGAUUGUCUGAUGAAAUUCUUGAUAAUUGUUCACCAAGCCAGAGUGAAAAUAUGGAAGAAAACCUUGAUUCUGGCUUUAAAGAACAAUCAGAGACUGGAUGUGUUGUUACUGAAGGAGUAAGUCAUGAUGAACAUGAGCCUGCAAGCAAAGUCAUAUGUCCUGGUUCUGCUUUGGCUGAUGAUGCAGUUCCAAAUGACAUAAUAUCUGACAAACAGGAGCAUGGAACAGUUGAGGCAGAUAAUGCUGGCUUGAAAGAACAAUCAGAGACUGGAUGUAUUGUUAUGGAGGGGGUAACUUAUGGUGAACAGGAGCCUGGAAGCAAAGGCCUAUGUCCUAGUUCUGUUUUCGCUGAUGAUGCAGUUCCAAAUGACAUAACUUCUGACAAACUGGAGCAUGGUUCCAUUGCAGCAGAUACUGCAGAAGAAUUUGACUCAGGAUCAUCUAAGGAAGUUCUUGAUAGCUGUUCAGUAAACCAGAGUGUUAAUAUGGAAGAUAAGCUUGAUUCUGGUUUUAAAGAAUCAUCAGCGACUCGAUGUAUUGUUUCUGUUGGUGUGAAUUAUGGUGAACAAGAGCUAACUGCAAUGGACUAUGCUAAAGAGUUGGAUGCGGGGUUGUCUAGUAAUGUUUUGUUGGACAAUCUAGGUGCUUUCAAUCAUAGCAAUGAGAUGGAAUGCAAAAUUUCUGAAGCAGAAGCUGAAUCUGGUCCUGUGGAACAAUCAGACGCUGAAUCUGAUCUAGUGGAAGCUAAUUAUGAUCUAGAUGCACCCACCUUCACAAGUCAAGAUGAAAUUCAUGCAGAAGAAUGUGGAAACUUGGAGGUGGCUGCUCCCGAGAAAACCAUUUCAAGUCCCAUAAAAACAGUUCUAGAUCUUCAAGUUGCAGAACGUGGUAUUCUUGGUGAUGGCAUCACAUUACAUGUAACUCCAUUAGAGGACUGUGAUGAAGAGAAGCAAGGCGAAGAGUUAAAAAUUUUGUUUGCCACUCCUGGUUAUGUUUCACAUUCUAAAGAAAAGAAAGCUUUUUUGGCUGGUGAUUCAAGGGACGAGGAUCUCAACAGAGAGGGGCAAGUUUCUCCUAUUAGUGGUAAUGAUACAUCAAAUCUCCUUAGUUCUUUGCGAGACUGUGGUGAACAUGGCCAAGGAGAGUAUCUGAAAAGAUUGUUUGCCACACCAUUUGGUAGUAAAUGCAGCAAGGUAGAUAUAGCAACUAGUAGUGCGAUUAAUGAGACAAGCAGUCAGUGCCAGCACAGUUUCCAUGAAAAUGAGAACAUCACAUUACAUGUAACUCCAUCAGAGGACUGUGAUGAUGAGAAGCAAGGUGAAGAGUUAAAAAUUUUGUUUGCCACUCCUGGUUAUGUUUCACAUUCUAAAGAAGAAAAGAAAGCUUCUUUGGAUGGUGAUUCAACGGACGAGGGUCUCAACAGAGAGGGGCAAGUUUCUCCUAUUAGUGGUAAUGAUACAUCAAGUCUCCAAAAUUCUGUCGGUUAUUGUGGUGAACAUGGCCAAGGAGAGUAUCUGAAAAGAUUGUUUGCCACACCAUUUGGUGGUAAAAGCAGCAAGGUAGAUAUAGCAACUAGUAGUGUGAUUAAUGAGACAAGCAGUCAGUGCCAGCAUAGUUUCCAUGAAAAUGAGAACAUCACAUUACAUGUAACUCCAUCAGAGGACUGUGAUGAAGUUAAGCAAGGCGAAGAGUUAAAAAAGUUGUUUGCCACUCCUGGUUAUGUUUCACAUUCUAAAGAAGAAAAGAAAGCUUCUUUGGAUGGUGAUUCAAGGGAGGAGGGCCUCAACAGAGAGGGGCAAGUUUCUCCUAUUAGUGGUAAUGAUACAUCAAGUCUCCAAAAUUCUGUCUGUGAUUAUGGUGAACAUGGCCAAGGAGAGUAUCUGAAAAGAUUGUUUGCCACACCAUUUGGUGGUAAAAGCAGCAAGGCAGAUAUAGCAACUAGUAUUGCGAUUAAUGAGACAAGCAGUCAAUACCAACACAGUUUCCAUGAAAAUGAGAACGUGGGGGAAGAUCUUAAAGGUUUGUUUGCUACGCCCUCUGUUGUUUCACAAUCUGUUGGAGACCUGCACUACUUUUUUGAAAAUCAAUUGAGUGGAGAAGCAAUGACCACUAGAGGACUUGGCUCAAGCGGAAAAGUAAAUUUAAGUGAAUCUGUCAGGGGUUUGUUUGAGAACAAGCAAGUGGAACAAGUAAGGACUUCAUUUGCAUCACCAGUCUCUGUGAAAUGCAGUCACCAAGAGACUACUUCUACCAAAGGGAACUGUAGCCUAAGUCAUGAAAUGGAACCUUAUAUUUGCAGUGGAGUGGAAAGAGAUCUCAGUGAAUCGGUUUCUGAACAGCAAAUGGUGCCGGAGAUCAAUCAGAGCAGUCCGAACAGAAUUGCUUCUCCUAUUUCAGAGCCUACAUGUGAUGAUAUUGGAUUUUCCGAACAACAAAUGUUGCCGGAGAUCAAUAAGAGCAGUCUCGGGAACAUUAAAACGUCUGAUGCUUUUGAUGAUAGUACUGAAGAUCACUUGAGACUGCUGUUUGCCACCCCAAUCAAAGAAGUAAGCCCUUCCAGAUUGGGUGAAGCUUCUAGUUGUCAAUUGAAGACAGCAAUGAUUGCAUGGGCUUCUGAAAUGGCUGGUAAGCAGCCUAAGCAAGGGCUUGAAUUUGCUGGAGAACCACUUACUGUAGAGAUUAUUAGUGGAGGUUCUGAUAGAACAAAAAGCUCUCAUUUCUCCAAAGAGAUUGAGCAAUUUAAAGGAGGGCCUCUGUUUCCUACACCAUCAAAAGGUACACGUCCACUACAGUUUGAGGAAAGUCCUGGUUGUGAGGAAGAUAUCUUCAAGUAUCUGGAUGGUGUUAAGCUCCUUAACAAUCGAGAACAAAAUUUUGAACAGCACAGUGAUUGUCAAUUUUCAAAUGCAAUAACUGAUGAUACAAGUGAAGAGACACUUCAUUGGAUUCAAACAAACGAUGACAAUGUUCCCAUACAGACAGAACUGGAGACACAGAAAGAAAUUGGUUCUGCCCGUCCAUUCGAGCCCUUGCAUGAGGAAGGGGAAGUCACAGAAGAUGAUCCUCUGGCUGAGGGCAAGGAAGACAAUCAUCCAGUACCAUAUCAAGAAUCUAUUGAAGACGAAGUAAUUAACACUGAUGAAGCAGCAAAAAGUGGUGCUUUAAGUGAUGCCAUUUGCCAAAAACCUAACAUUCUUUUAACUGACAUCAAAACUGAGAACGUAACUCAGGAGAGCACAAGCAAGACCGAUGGCUUUUCUGUUAGUGCUGAAAGUGGAAUUCUUGAAUUUGAUGCUGAAUCCACUGCAUUAAGAAGUCAGGAACCAAUUAUCAUCACAGUAGAAGAGACUAAGGGAGAUGAAGUGCAAAAAUUAGAAGUGAGCAAUAUCAGUAAUACUUUCCUAGAUAAUAUCCUCAAUGAUGAUGAAUAUGCAAAAAACAAUUCAACAGUUUUGCCUGCUGAUGAGCAAUUCCAGUUUCCAGAACAUUAUGCGAUAGAAAAUGAUGGUUCGAGCACUGAGGGGUUUACUGCUUUCACAAAUGAAUGUCAACAUGUUUCUAAGGAAGAUGAUCUUGCUGCUGAGGGGGACAGACUUGUUAUAUUUGAAUCAAAUGAAAGCACGUCUAUGAAUGUUAACGAUUCAGGUCUCACUACACAAAUGGACAUGCCUGGAAUAUUUGCAGAAGAGCCUCAGUGUGGAAGUGAUAAAGAGAAGCCAAGUGCAGCUAAGCAACAAGAUGAUUCUUUUGAUAAAAAGGAGCAUGAAUCAACCGAAGCAGUGUUAUCACCUUCUAAAUCUCAUGAAAGCAUUAGCUUUUCCGAGGAAGGCAUUGCUGGUGAAGAUAAACUGAUAUUUGAGAAAAAGGACGAGUUGGCUGAAAAGAAAGUAGCUUUAACCCCAGCAACAGGUGUGGCUAAAACAUCAUUUGCCAAGCACUUGAACUCCACUGUGAAAAAGAAGAAUGCCAGAAGCAUUCUGAUACAUGGAACCCCUAACAAACUAACUCAGAUAGCUGACAUGAAAGAAAAUGCUCCAAAUGUUAAGGGAGAUAUCGGCACUUUAACUGCGUUAAGGCCGGACAAACGACCUGCUUUGAAAGACCUCCCAAGGAAAUAGAAGAAACAUGUGUGUUAAUCUUGUGAAUUUUUUUCUGUUUUGAUUGUCCUGGUUUGAUGAUGGCUGCACAUCUCAUGGCCUAUACUUCUGUUACAUGAGAACAAAUAGUUUGUGUAAUUAUGGCUUUCUUAUAUUAUUCCAUGGGAUUGACAUUGGAACUGUUCUAAAUUUUUUGGUAAAAGAUUGAUUGACAAGAACAAAAUUCUUAAUGUAAGGAUUUUAUUACGAAAUCUCAAAGAUAAUUUCCAGA